AUGCAAGAGAAAAUCCUCCUACCACCCAUUUCAAGUCUAGCCCCUCAGAUUGUAGCAGAACCACAGUAUGCAAUGCCAGAAUACCAGCCUGAAUCGAUUUAUCCUCAACAGGUUCCAUCUUCCUAUAUGAGUUAUCAAUUGUGUUCGAACAACUCCAAGAGAAGGCCAAUGAAUUUUACAGUCUUAGAAGAUAUUGCAAUAUUGAAGGCUAUGCGUCUUUAUCUCGGAAAAAACGUUAGCCUCAAAAUUCCUUGGUCUUUUUGGCAGUUUUAUCGCAAAUUUACAGGAUCUCAGAGAAGCGAUUCCUCAUUGUAUCAUCAUUGGAACGGAGCAAUGGUGAAAAAAUACUGUAAUUUUAUAAAAGACGGCCGAAUUGAUGAAUGCAUUUCUUGGGCAGAGAAUUCCUGCGAAUCUAAGGAAAUCAAAGCUGAACUUGAGUCAGAAAGUGCUCAGCCAGAUCAAAGAAUGCUUAUUCACUCAAGAUCUCAUCAAGUUAUGCCAUCUUCUUACUUCCAUUCCGAGGUUAGAUCUCCGUUAAAUGCGGCUAUGCCAAGACAGCUUACCCACUUCCAAUCUUGCAGAGAUGUUGAUGUUGCAAGAAUGCAGUGGUUUUAA